UGAUUGGCGGAUGUCCCAUUGUCUCCUCCCGGUUUUACUGACUUGACCUCUUCCCUUGGCAACCACUUCCUCCGAGCUCCCAACGCGGCCAUCUUUAUUUAACUCAUUCAUGAAAAGUUUUCGUAAGACACUGGAACAUUGUUGCAUUUGGAUACGCAUCUAACGAACCACGGGACACAUUUAAAUUGUUUUUGUAUCCGCGUGCUCCAGCGUAUGCUACAUCGUAGCGUAUUUCUGUCACAGCCAAAGUUGGACUGAAAGCGUUAGAAUGAGAAAAAAGCAGAAUGUGAAACAGAGAAAGGCAGAAACAAUAAUAACACCAACACCAUUAACAACAACAACACUAUCAACAACAACAACAGCAGCAGCAGUCGUCCAGGAGUUUGUGGUUGAGAAGAUCAUCCAGCGAAGGCUCUACAAUGGAAGAGUAGAGUACUAUCUGAAGUGGAAAGGAUUCACUGAUGCUGACAACACCUGGGAACCAGAGGACAACUUGGUCUGUCCUGAACUGAUUGAAGAGUUCCUGAGAAACCUCUGUUUGUCUGGAGAGAAUCAGGUUGAGGAAGAGAACCUACGGCCGGUGGAACCAGAGCUCGUCCCCAAAGAGGAACUGGCAGAACAGGAGACUGAGAUUCAGGUGUACAGCGAGCAGAGACAUAAUGACCUCCAGGAACCUGCUGACCAGGAUUCUCCUACUGCCCUCACGUGUCCCCUGGAACCUGAACGCAUCAUCGGCUCCACAGACAGACACGGAGAACUCAUGUUCCUCAUCAAAUGGAAGAACCGUGACGAGGUGGCCCUGCUGUCAGCCAGGGAGGCCAGCGCCAGGUAUCCUGAGGUGGUUGUAGCCUUCUACGAGGACAAACUCACCUGGCACUCUGGGGACGAGGACCAGUAAAGGAUGUGUGUGUGUCGUAGAGUGUGUGUGUGUGUGUGCAUGUGAGUACACAAGUAAGGAUGUGAACUGACAAGCAUCUGUAGGCAUCUCAUAGGUUCAUUUCUCCUCCAGCGAACCAAGGUCCUCCUGGAGCUGACAUUAAAAGCACAGUGUGUGAAACGAUGUCCUGCUGCAGGUAGAUUGAGUCAUCAUGGCAGGUGUAAAAGCCCUCUACGGGGUCUUCCUGCUUCCUGUGGUGCUGGGUGAGGUCACAAUGCCUUUGGGGUGUAGUGCAGCGUGUGGUGGAGUUCAGAACCGUUCAUAGAGACGUCUAUCUCUCUCUGUGGCCCUGAUUGAGUUGAAACUAAUGAAAUGAAGGCAGACAGCCUGAUGAAUUCUCCCCUCAGUCUAUUGUACAACCUUUCAACCCGAAGCUCUUUGUCAAAGCCUGACGAAGGGUGCGAGUAUCUCUCUGGAUAACAUGCCUUUGUUUUUGGGGAUCCAGCACUUAAAAGUGACUGGAUGUAUGUACACUACGUUUGAAGAGUUGAAACUAACCCUUAGCAUUCCUUUCCCAGUGUCUUCAUGUACUGCAGCAGACUGAAUCACUGUGGACACUGUGUUCUGUUUGACUACUGCUACUGUGGUCGUAGAACCCCAUGUGAUUGUUUUGGAGUUUAGUACUAGAUUUAGUUUCUUGUAUCUUCUGCCUCUGGGGCUCCUUGGCCACAAGGCUCUCCCUCUGGCUCUUCCACGGUGAGAUGUCUGUGGUUUUAUUAGGUAUAGUAAUAUUGUAGAGUAAUGGGUUCACUGUGAGAUGACUGUGGUUUUAUUAGGUAUAGUAAUAUUGUAUAGUAAUGGGUUCACUGUGAGAUGACUGUGGUUUUAUUAGGUAUAGUAAUAUUGUAUAGUAUUGGGUUCACUGUGCAUUACACUCAAUAGAUAACUACUGGCCACCUAAUAUGAUAUCUGCACUUUUUACUUUUUGCCACAAUCCUUGAUAUUGUACUUUUUUGUGUGUGUGUGCGAUUCAAAGUUGAUAAAUGUGUUACAUUUAGUUUACUGACAAAUGUAGAAAAGUGUUGAAUGAUAGUAGACUGACGGUAUGCUGUUUAAUGUAGAACAUGAUAGUAGAUGGUAUACUGUUUAAUGUAGAAGAUGAUAGUAGACGGUAUACUGUUUAAUGUAGAACAUGAUAGUAGACGGUAUACUGUUUAAUGUAGAACAUGAUAGUAGACGGUAUGCUGUUUAAUGUAGAACAUGAUAGUAGACAGUAUACUGUUUAAUGUAGAACAUGAUAGUAGACGGUAUACUGUUUAAUGUAGAACAUGAUAGUAGAUGGUAUACUGUUUAAUGUAGAACAUGAUAGUAGAUGGUAUACUGUUUAAUGUAGAACAUGAUAGUAGACGGUAUACUGUUUAAUGUAGAACACAGCCAGGGGUUCUAUUAGUGACCAUGGGGAUUUGAUGAGUUACUCUGAUCAAAAUGUGACAUCACAUAUGAAAAAAGUAUAUCUGAUGUGAUUAUGUUCAUUUUACCCAGUCACUGAUUGUUCUCAGCAACUCUUAACCAAAUAUUUAUCCACCAACCUGUAUUUGUUACUGAUAAAUCAUUGUUUUGUUAAGGGGCCCAGAGUUAUAUAUGUUCAGGACAAACUCCAGUCCCUACACAAAAAUGACUGACACUGUAUUCAUUGUGCACCUCUCCCAUGACUGGAAUGUUUUGGGGCAAUGUCUGCAUCCCAAACAGAACCCUACUUCCUUUGUAGUGCACUAUAUAGGGAAUGGUCUGCCAUUUGAGACUGCCAUUCUGUUGAACCUUUUGUUCUGGGCUGCCUUUGAAUGAGUCACUGUACCUGUUGACCUUUGAUCUGUGAAGUGUCUGUCUGUGAAUAAAGGUAGCUGUCACCCUGUGA